UGGAAAGCUGCAUAGUUGUUAACCAGCACUCUGGUUGUGUUCGGUUCUCUAACGAAUGUAGGAACGCCAUCAAAUUUAAAUGAAAGCAUCCGACACUUCUGACGUCUAAAGCCAGCUUCUCAGAGACAUCUCGUCACACUUCUCAGAGCGAAUUCAACAUGUGAAAAUAAUUAACAUUUAACAACACUCCUCUGGACAAAUCCUGGCAGCAAUGCAAGUUGGUCAUCCGGUAACUAGCACCACUUCUCUCCAGUUCCCUCCCCAGCCUGACACUGCUGGACUCCAACACCCAAUCCCACUGGACACUGUGCAGCCCGUCCUGGCCCAGGCCAUCAUAAAUCCUAAGCGAGGUAUGGAGGGACCUGUCCAGACUCCACAGCCGCCCGGGACCUGCACCUCACCUGGAGCUGCUGGGAAAUCAUGCUCUGGCUUGGAUGCGAGGGUGGCCGUGCUUCUGGUGACUGUGGCUGGAGCUGUAAUCCUGCUGCUGCUGUACAAACUCUUACAGCUGAGACACAGGCUGCGGUUGGCGCAGGCGAGGCACGCUCUCGAGUACUACAGUUUCUACCACACCGCCAACUACACAUUCAAACAUGCUGGAUCAUGUCAGGACCUGCCAACAAAGAAUGGGACUGUCCCUGAAGCCACAUCGCCAGUCCAAAUUGUAACACCAGUGACACCCACUAUCACUGCCCCACUUCCGCCCCCACCGGUGUCUUCUCCACCCCCUCUGCCACUCCCGCCACCUCCUGUCCUGCCACCACCACCACUUCACCCUCCACCUUCUCUCACCCCAACACCUUCUGUCCUGGCCUUCCCUCUCCCCCUGCCUGUGAUCCAUACCACUCCACCCAGCCCUCACCUGUCGUGGGGCGCCUGCUCAGACGCUGAGGUGUACUCUCGGAUUGGAGCUUUCAGACCCUCCAGGCUCUCCAGCCUCUCCAACCAAUCAAAAGUCAUCCUUUUUGAACACUCGUCUCUCUGACCUCUGAUGAUGUGAGAAGAUUGUGGUGAAAAAACAAGUUCUUCUGAUGGAAGUAUACAGUGUACAUGUGUGGCGCAGACAAAUAUAUGAAGUUCAGAUACUUUCAGGGCACUCCAAAACUUCAGAAAUUGAAGGCUGGGUUUUGUGGGGCACUGAUUCUGAUUCAUUUACUAUCCUCCGAGAUUUUGUGCCAGACCUCUGUGAAAAAGUUGCAGUUUGGAGUGAAACAUCUCAACUAUAAUUAUAUUUUGUUUCAUUGCAGAGUGGUUUUGUCUCCAUUUUUCAAUGUUUCUACUUUAUUGUACAAGAAUAUUGUUGGGCUGUCGAAGAACAUCCAUGUCUCUUUUUGCUGCGGUAGUCCUGCACUGGUGGCCGUUUCCGGUGCUAGUCUUCUUUUUUCCCCAACUUAUCAUUGCCAAACAGCGGGUGUGGAGCCCAUCGCUGAAUAAAGUCACUCUGAUUGGCAUAUCAGCUCAGUGCACAAGGAGAAAAAUGAAAGUAAGGAAGUUUUUUUUAUGAGCUAACUGGCUUAUUAGUGUCAAGAUGUUCUUCCAGUUUCCUUUUUGAGUGAUGAUUGUAGACUGCUGUCUGCUGGUACGGAGAGGUAUUUCCUAUUAUGCAAGUGCAAAACAUACUUGCUAGUUAGCCCUUGGGUUGGUAUGUUAAUGUGCAACUUUCUGGCCAACACAUGGCAACAUGAGGCAAUGCAGCAUGGUGCUUUUGUUGCCACUAGUUCUCUGAUGUUAAUUUUGUUGCAGCUGGACCUCAAAUGAACUGGAAUUUAAGUUAGACUGACUUUUAAAUUCACCAAAUUAACAACAGAUUAAUUGCCUUGACAGGAGUUUUUAAUUAGGCAACAUUUCCAGUCACACUUGGCAGAGGCUUUUCUCCAAGUUUAUAAGUGCAACAAAAGACAUUUUUCUUCAAAAUGGGAGGUGCGUCCCUAGAGCUAAAUAAUCAUGCUUAGGAGAGUUAUGAUGCAAUUGCUCGGGGCUUUUUAUUAAGACAGAGGAUUGAGUUAAGUGCAAGCAUGGCGUUAAAGUGUGGUCUGUAAAGCUAGUUUUUAACCUGUGGUGGCAGACGGGCGGCUGUCCCCAAGUGACCCUGCUGUCCUGACUUCAGUAGGUAGUUCAUUCCACCCCUGUGGGACCUGAACAAAGAACAGGGUUUGACCGUGGCUUGGAGGUAGGAUGGGGCAGUUACUUUGAUUAGCUGCAGCUGUGUGGCUCACACAGGGAUUGUAUCAAGAGAGGAGAUGCAGUAUUUUAGGUAGGAGAUGAAAAGCACCUGGAUGAUCACCUGGACUGACUCCCAGGGGAGGAAGUCAAAGUUGGACGGAAAGCGAAUGAGUUACAAAUUACCAAUAGUUACUGGUAGGGUAAUGUCAAGGCUGAUCCCCCAUGUCCUGAUGCAGUAAUUCGAGUUUUCUGUUAACCAUCACACUUAGACCAGGAUCACUAAUGUUCGAUAUGGCACCUGUGGCUCAAAUGCAGGGAGAGUAGUGGGAAUGGUUGAAGUGAAUGCUGAACUUUGUAACCUUUGCUUUAAUUUGGAUCACAGUUUAAAAAAAAACAGAACUCUCCAUAUACCUCUCUUGGAAUUAGAAAACAAAAGUCUCAAGUCUCAAGUGGCCGUUAGAGGAACUGCAGUUUUGGGUGAUUUCACAUUGACUUCAUGGAUUAAAAAAACUAUUGAUCUACAGAAGUGCUUGUAGGCAGAUUUCAUAACCAUCUUACAGAGCUUGGCUAGCUGGUACCACCUGUUUCUGGUCUUUUUCCGAAGCUAAACUAACUGUCUACUGGCUGUAGCCUUAAAUCUAAUGAACAGAUAUGAGCGUGGUGUUGAUCUCAUCACAUCUAAUUCCCCACCAGCACACACAGAUUUUGUAAUAUGUCCAAAUUUCAUCAGCUGAACUCAUGAAAAGAAGUAAAUGGCUCUUAAUGUGAGGAUGAAACAAUUGACAGGACUUAAAAGUAGCAAUCAUAUAUAAUUCAUGAUAAAAGAUGAGUUGGUUAAAUUAACAUGGUGUAAACUCUGAAGGUUUACAAAGCUUUUCACUGUGAGUGAGUCUUGAAAAAAGUUUGAUCUUUUGGCAUAACAUAAUUUUUUAUUCUUCAAUGUUGAUAGUUUUUUAUUUGACAGAUAUAAUGUCCUCAUGUUUAGAGUGUACUUAUUGUAACAGAGCCCAUUGUUUUCCUAAAAGGGAGGCAUUUCCUGAGCUGGUUUUCCAUGGAAGGGUCCCUCCCUGUUUCACACCAUUCUCUGUGUUUCCUCUGACUCUCUGUAGAAAUCCUACUUUGCAUUUCCUUCACUUACAGUCUUAAAUUAUGCGUCUGAAGAUGUCCUGUUAUUCAAACAAAUGUCACAACUUUAGAUAUGAAUGUUAAACAGUUAAUUCAUCUCUUUAGCACAUUCAGAAUCACAACAAAGAUAUAAUUAGUACAGACUCAACUUAAAAAAAAAAUGUUCCUUAGCGUUUAGACUAAGAAAUGAUUCAUUAUUCUCUAAAGUAGCCCUGUUGACACUCAGGUGACAUCUGUCUAUGGUUGAUAUGGAAACCUGAGCAUCCACCUUGGCCCUUAACAAGCUGUUAAGUUUUCUUUCAAUAUUUAACCACAUUUUCCCAACAAGCCUCUCAUUUAUAAUUCAACAAUAGUUUGUAAAUUCAUGAGGGAAGCUGUUUUAGCUUGUUUGUUGCUUUCUGCUUGCCGGGUUGAAAACCGAGACCUUGUGUGACAUGCCUCCUUAGUCUUUUCUGUAUCCAAGUCUGCUGGUGGGGACGCUGUCUCCAUACUAAAAGCCAGUUAAUUCAAUCUGUGCAUGUACUGCAGAAUUGUCUCUUAAUUGGUUGUAAGCUGAGCAGGAAAGACAUUUGUAACAAUAUACUGCUGCUGCAAUUAAAUCAAACGAGGGACUGUCAUGCAAGGAUGAAUACGAAUGUGUUUGUGUCCUGGAUCUGAUUAAUAUUAAUUGAAGGUUUUAAUCUCAAAAUGUAAUUUAUCCAUUUUGAAGUGCACAUAGGGAUGCUUCAUACAGUGGUAAAAAAAACAUACAUUAAGCCAUUGUCAUUGUGUUGUUUCUUACGUGCAAAUGGUAUCUUUUGUGUUUUUCAUCUUUUUUUUAUCCUUAAAUCAUGGAGUGCAGGUUGGUGCUACAUUUUUGAAUGCAACAUAUGCAUGUAUAAUGUAACUUAAAGCACCUUAUAGAACUGAUUUGUAACUUGGUAACAAACUCAACCUUUCACAUUUAGCAGGCUGCAGAUUCUCCACCAGAGGGAGCUCUUCAGUCUGUAUCUAAUCUGAUCCUUUUUCUUAUUCA